AUGAUCCAUUUCCUCAUCCUCUUCAGUCGCCAGGGCAAGGUUCGCCUCGCCAAGUGGUACUCUACCUACAAUCAGAAAGACCGAUCCAGGGUCAUCAAGGACAUCACGCCGAUCAUACUCGCGAGACCGCUCAAGCUGUGCAACUUUCUGGACUGGAAGAAUCUGAAGAUUGUGUACAAGCGCUAUGCCAGCCUGUACUUUGUGGCUGGCAUUGAGCCGACAGACAAUGAGCUCAUCACUCUGGAGAUCAUCCACCAAUUCGUGGAAGUGCUGGACCGGUAUUUUGGCAACGUGUGUGAGCUCGACCUGAUCUUCAAUUUCCACAAAGCGUACUACAUACUAGACGAGUUGGUCAUUUCAGGGGAGCUGCAGGAGCCAAGCAGGAAAGCAGUCAAUCGUGUCGUUGAGGCACAGGACCAACAAGUGGAGCAAGCCAAGGCGGAGGGUGGAUGA